AUGCCCACCGCAGUAGUCACAGGCGCCAACUCCGGCAUCGGCCACGCCUUCGCCCAGAUCCUCGUCAAAGAAGGCUACGACGUCUACGCCUGCGACAAGAUCCUCGGCGACAAAAUCAAUGCCCUAGGCUGCAAAACCUUCGAGCUGGAUGUCUCCUCCCAGUCCUCCAUCAACGACUUUGCCAAGCAAGUCCAGGGCAAGCCGCUAGAUCUCCUCCUGAACAUCGCCGGGAUGAUGGCAGGUCACGAGGCCGACAGCCUGGAGAAGGUCGACCAGGCCACGCUGGAGAAGGUGUUUGCGGUCAACACGUUUGGCCCGUUGCUUUUGACGCAGGCUCUACUGCCGAGUUUGCUGAAAGCGGAGAAGCCGAGACUCGGGUUCAUGAGUUCAAGGGUGGGGAGUAUUGCGGAUAAUAGCUCGGGAGGGAUGUAUGCGUAUCGGAGCUCGAAAGCAGCGCUUAACAGUAUAUGCAAGAGCAUGGCUGUGGAUUUGAGGGACAAGAACGUGGUCGUGGUUAUUAUGCAUCCUGGCUACGUGAAGACUGGACUGGAUCCUUCGACGCAUGAUUUGCCGGAGGCGGUCAUGCCGGAUGAAGCGGCUAGUAAGUUGUGGAAAGUACUCAUGAGUAAGAGUGUCGAGGAUACAGGCAAGUUUUGGCACAGAGAGGGUCAGGAGCUUCCCUGGUGA